UACGGUGAUCCUUAGAUCAAAAUAUCUUUGGGUUAGUAUAAACAAAUAAUAGAGACAAAGUCAACGGUUUGGUCUGAGAUUACCCUUUGAAGACUUGAGAAGAAUGUGUUUCCUCCCUGGCACAAGUGUCUCUGUUGUCUUCCUCCAGCUGAGAUUUGGCCCCCUAAACAAGCCAAAGGAUGAUAUUUGAGUUUCUGUUUCAUUAUUAAUCAUCUUAAUUAUUUAAUUUCCGAUUCCAAUCAAUUCUCUAUAUAACGGCCAAUUCACCUACAAUAUACUCUUUAUAGAAAACAAUAUGUGGAAACAAUAUUUGGAAACAAUAUUGGAGAGCGAAAACAAUAUUUGGAAACUAUAAUGGAGAGCGAAAAGGGCGUUUUUAGGGUUUUGGGGGGCGGCGAGCACGAUACGGCCAUGGAUGAUUUCGUGGACCAAGGACGUCCUCCGGGUGAUCCACCAGACAUGGCGGGCUCGUGGGUGAGGAAGGUCACGGGCUCGAGCGCCGGAGGGAUGCCAAAUCCGGAGGAGUUGAUUGAUGAGGCGUUUGUUUCAGAAAGAGUUAGGCUGGAACUUCCGAAUGGAGAAGAGGGGGAACCGGUGAUCACGAUUGAACAAGAGGUGCUAGAAGCCAUGAACGGGCUGUGGAAACACUGCAUGAUUGUGAAAGUUCUAGGGCGAGUUACUCCCAUUGCGGUAUUGACCCGGAAGCUUCGGGAGAUGUGGAAGCCAAAGGGCUCGAUGUGUGUAAUGGACCUCCCGCGACAAUACUUUAUGAUCAGGUUCGGAGAUGAAGAUGAGUAUUUGGCGGCGCUUGCAGGGGGGCCUUGGAGAGUGUUCGGGAGUUACCUUGUGGUUCAAGCAUGGACACCAUCCUUCGAUCCCCUAAAUGAUGAUAUCGUAACGACCCCCGUGUGGAUUCGAUUGGCAAAUAUCCCUAUCAAUUUCUAUCACAAAUCCAUCUUGAUGGGUAUCGCUAAGGGGCUAGGAAAACCGGUCAAAGUGGAUUUGACGACGUUGAACUUCGAAAGGGCCAGAUUCGCCAGGAUUUGUGUCGAGGUGAACCUGAGAAAACCCUUGAAAGGCUCGAUAGUGAUAAACGGAGACAGAUAUUUUGUAUCAUAUGAAGGUCUAUCGCAAAUCUGUUCUAGCUGUGGGAUGUUUGGCCACUUGGUGCAUAGGUGUCCGAGUAUAAUCCAAGAGCGAACGGCCAUUGACAGGACCCCUAGAGUUCAGAGAACCAAUCCGGCGGAAGCACCUCAAGGUUCUAAUGGUAACCCUGAUCAAGCACGCCAGGAGGAGGACGGGUUUACGCUGGUACGUCAUUCCGGUAGGAGAGGGGAAAGUUCGAGAAGUCAGACGGUGACAGGGAACCAGAGAGAGAGUUCUGGCCGAAACCUCCGGGAGAUCCCGCGAAUUAAGGAAACUUCGAAUAUUAUGGUUUCGAACAGUUUUGGAAGGUUGAUGGAAGAUUUGGAAUCCCCGGAGAUAAGGCAAGAAGUUGUUGGUCAAGAUGAGAAUAAGGAGAAUGAGAUUAUUCAGGGAAAUGCGAAUAUUCAGGUUCACAAAAAUCAAACAAAGAGUGUGAAUCGCGAAUCAGGAGUGAUCUUUUCGGCGGGGAAUUCAAACGGGAGUCGACCCAAAGUAAACCCACCGAUAAUAAAGAAGCAACUAGGAGGAUAUAAAGGCCCAGAAAACAAAAACACAAGGCCCAAACCAGUCUCGAAGUCAAAGCCCAUGAGAGGGCUCGUGUUUGGUCCAACCGGGGGAGGGAUCGAAUUGUCAAGCAAUGGGAAACGAUUGAGAGUUGAGCAGGAUAAUCUGGGGAGAGCCGGUGGUCUCUUUCUACAGGACAGCCCCGUUAGAGUAGAUGGAGUUCUUCCCCAAUUGGCUGAUAAGGGUACGGAGUCGAACUCGAUCUUGGAUGUGGUGGAUGUGAAUUUGGGAAGUGAUGCAGGUAUGCAAGAGGUCCCAUCGGAGACAAUGGAGUCUCAGGAGGCGUAA